CAGGUGCGGGGCCAUUUUCUUCUCCCCAGUGUUUCUCUGAAUCAGUGACAGACUCGAGCUCACACACACAGUCAGCUGCCGCUAAAACUCUGAAAUCAUGAAAUCACGCUGAUUUAAAUCACCGCGGAUACAAUCACUCUCCUCAUAAUCAUGAAGAAAGGGUCGCUCAAUUUCCUGGGUCGGAAGAAUCAAUCUCUAUUUGGCACCAAUGUGGAGUUCAAGGACAUGGAUAAAGUGGAGCUGGUGCUGGACUCCGCUGCCAUCCCCGAGUCUGGAACCGCUAGUGUGCGCUCACGUCCGACUGUCAAACACUUCACGUCCUCUGACAGUGUGCAAGGCUUUGCAGUUCCAACACCCAAAGUACCGGUUCUUCCACCAUUCAACGAGCCCAAGAUAAAUGGUACAGGAAGUACCACAAACCUCCCAAAUGGAAGGAUUCUUUCUGUCCCUGAUCUGCUCCAGGGGGAAAUACUUAUACCACCUCCGCCUAGCUCCGCCCCUCCACCUCCUCCUCCUUUUUCAGCCCCGCCGCUUCCAUCAUUCAUCCCUCCCUCACCACAGUUCUCUGGCGAAAUGGACCCUUCUUUAGACCGUGCAAGCCUGCACCCCUCCAAUGACGCCCCCAAAACCACCAUCACUUACCAGUUCCGAUUACAGCACAGAUUUAGACUUGGCCUCCCUCAAACCUCCUCCAAUGCCUCCUCCAAAACCCCAUCUGAAACGUCCAGCUUCAGAGGUUCCCUCUCUAGCCUCAAUGUUCAAGAUAUCCCAGAUUGCCCCAAGUUCACCCCACCGCCACCCCCGGUGAAAGCAUCACCUGUUCUUGCAAAAGCUCAGAAAGCAGCACCUCCAAAACCUGUCCGAAUGUCCUCCAUACCUAAUCUGGACAUCCAGUCCCAAAUUCCUGUGCCACCCGUUGCUUCUAACCAAACACCAUCUAGCUUCAACCCCCAGAACACAGCCAAACUCUAUACCGUGCAGAAGAGCACACUACUUGGUGCACAGACAGAUGGAGAAAAAAAGGUCCAGUCCAUUCUGCUGCUGGAAGAUUCUGCUGGAAACACGGUUGGUGUUGUCAAUGGGAAUAAUGCUGGAUCUUUCCAACCAGGGGUCCAACCAUCCAAACCAGCCCGUCAGAACAGCUCCGCCACUCAGCUAAAGGAUGACCAGCCAGACAUGACACAAGCACCAAGUGAACCAGCUAAGGUGGAGCCCAAAAUCAAUCCUGAGCCUGUACCGGUUCAAAACGUCCCUACUGAGGUACAAGUACCAAUUCAAGUCUCACCCAGAAUAGAGAAAAGGAUACCUGAUGUUAGGCAGGUGGUGACCCCAGUUGCGUCCCCUGGCAGACCUCGCAAGUACAGCCCUAUCUUGCACCACCGACAUCUCAACACACGGGGCGCAGACGGCUCAGUAAAGAAAGAGACCUCAACCUCACCUUUGGCCUUGCUGAUGGCUGCAAAGGAAAGAGAAAAGCAGAGAAGUGCUUUGUCCCAAAAGAACAGCAACUCAACAGAACCAGUCAGUUCUGUGAUCCAACCUAGUGUAGAUAAACCAAACUCCUUCACCGUCAUUCCUCGAGACCCAACACCAGACAGUCCCAAUGCACAAUUAAAGUCGACCACAAACACGCAACCAAUCACCACGCCAUCAACCAGAGUCGACGUUCCAGAAGUGUCCUACUCAAAGCCAGAGCUACGCUCAACUCCUCUACAAAGCCCAAUGAAUAGCUCUGUUAGUGGACUGGGUGUCCCUGUUAGAGAUGUGGGAAUUGGAGAAGACUUGGUCUUCAUUCCACCGCCUCCUGAAUUUGCUAACUCGGACUCUGAGGAGGAACCUCCAGUUCCCCCACCAAGUAACCCUGCUCCUGCUCCCCCUCUAAAAAGUGCUCCUCCACCUGCUAAAACUUCUUACCUGCUACACCUGCUCCAGUUACCAACUGCCCCCCACCAAGUCACCCAGCUCCUACUACCCCUGUAACCUACCCCUCCACCAAUUACCAAUGGUCCCCCACCAAGCUACCUUGCUCAUGCGCCUCCACCUGCCAAACCCUCUCAACCUCCGACACCUCCUCCUGUCACCAAUGGGCCCCUCAUUUCCCCCAAACCUAAACCACCCAACUGUCCUCCCAAGGCCCCAGGACCUCCCCCAAAUAUCCAGCUCCAAUCCAGACCAACUGUUCAAACGAAACCCCCUGCACAAAUGGCUCCAUCCGUGUCCGCUAGCCAGGCAACGCUUCUCAGUAUCCUGCAGAAGAAGAUGCUAGAGAUGGACCCCAAGUUCUCGUCUGUCAAGGUGGCGGAGACCAACGGGGAUGACUGGAACUCUCCGCUGUCUGACGACGAGGCCACGUCGCCCCCUGGCACAUACAAUCCCAUAACAAACCGGAGUGCCACCCUGCCGACGCAAACUCGUGGAGUGGACAUGAAGGAGCUGGAAAGCAAAGCGCCAAAAAGCUCAAAAUUUGGCCACUUCGCUUUCGAUCCAGCUGAUGCCUAUAAAUUCUGUAACGGAUCAUCAACCAAACAGCAGUUUGGAAUGACAUUCACCGUGAGACCAGGAGCCAAACAACCAAUAACACCCGUUAUCAAAGACGGCUCAUCCUGAUCCGGAGAACAUUCCCGACUGGAAUUAUUCCAAAGACAUGCCUUACCUGUACAUAUGCACCUAUCUGACAGAUAUUUAACAUUUUGCACCCGGUCUGGAGCUUUAUUACUGCUGUUGCUAAAGUAUUACUCUAUAAACCUGGAUGUUUCUUCAGCUGUCGACCGCAGUUUCAUCACAGACUUUCUAGAGCUGCUGAAAUCGAUCAAUGGAGCAACUGUGCCUGUAUUUAAUUCAGUUGUUUAAUCCAGUGACUUAUCAGUUGUUUAAUCAGGUUAAAAAUUAAGAACACCAGUUCUUAAUUGUAACUUCUGCAUAAUAUUUUUGAAUGUCGUUAAUCAUUAAUGUACAAUAUUAAUCUAUAGCUCUCGAUAUGAGAGCUUCUUUCAUUGGUGCUGGAUUUUUUUCCAGGUCAAAACAUGAUGUAUUUUUAUAAACUUAUAAAAAGUAUACAAUAAGCCUUAAAAUUUGAUCAAAACACUUAUAAAUGGUUGCGAAGCCUUGAACACAUUACUGAUGGUUCUUCUUAACGAAGAAUUUUUUUUUGCUGCUUUUCAUAGUUAUUUUAAUCUUAAGCAACAAUCAAAGAAGAAAUUAUGCAAAGUUUGUUUUUGCAUGAAUAUACUGGUGCCUUUGAAGAAAUAAGCUAGCAUCUGCUACAAACAUGUUUUUCUGGAAAUCUCACACAUCUCCACAGGUUUAAUUGAGAUAUACGUCAGAGACAAUUGCAAUAGGUCAAUAAUUGUGCUUUAAUAAUCUGCAAAUGUAUUUGAACCAUGUAAAUUGUUAUUUUGGAUAUUUAACCCUUUGUUACCCCUAAAGGAAGAAUGUAACCACAAUACAGUGUAAUAAAAAUAUGCGAGAGCAUAAAAAUACACAUGACAGAAA